AUGAACGAUACAAAUUUAACCGAUUCUCUUUGCGAUGAAGCUUCCGAAUUGGCGCACAGUGAAACGAUGAAAAUCGUGUUGAUCAUUCAAGCGAUCGGAUGUUUCUCUUGUUUCAUCACGAUGCCGAUUAUCUUCAAGAAAAGAGGUAUCCGCUGGCUUGUCCACCACAACACUCGUCUCCUUUUCGCUUUUCACAUCGGUUUCACGUGCCUUGCCAAUGCUGUCUAUUUGUUUAUUCAUAUCUAUGAUUUAGUCAGAUACUGGUCAUCAUCCGACGAUCCUUGCUCUUAUCUGAUGACUUUCGUUUUCGUCUUUCACGUUAGGAUUAUUGCCAUUUUUGGGAUUUUCGGGCAAAUCUAUACGAUAUUCAGUAUAGCUAUUGAAAGGUUAUACUCGACAUAUUACCCGGUCGAGUACGAGAGAACGAGCUCGUAUAAAUUAGGGAUUGGGCUCUUGAGUGGAUCGAUCUUGCUAGCUUUCUGCUUCUCAUAUGGUCUCUUGGCACCGGGAAGUGAAUGGGAUCAUGAAGUGGUUGCAUUCACUGUCAGAGACAACAAUAAUGAGGAUAGAUAUCAGACAAUGAUGUACGCAGAAGUGAUUCCCGAAGUGAUCGUCUUUUUCCUCUUUCAUUUCGUUCUCUACGUCAAUCAUUUAAAAUCCCCAAUCUCGACUCUUCUCUCACUCUCAAAUCGUUACCAAAUCGAAGAGAACAAAAAAGUGAUCAUCACUUUAUUGCCGAUAUUCUAUAUUCAUUUCGUUUUCUUUUUCAUCACUUCUUUCGGUUUAUCACUGUUUUAUGUGAUAUUUCCAUCGGGUAGUAAAGUGGUUCAUACGAUGUUUUUGGAGAUCGUUUGUAUUAUUCCAAUUUAUGGAACGGUGAUGCCAAUUGUCUUGGAGAUUGCGUUGAGGAUAAGAACGAAACAAAUCGAAGUGAUUCGAAAAACGGAAGAAGGUGAAAUGUACUUUUCGACCCUGAACGAUACAUGGAAUAACUCUCCGCCAGCCGAGCAAAGAACGAUCACGUCGAGGUCGAAAGUGAACUUUUUGUCGGUGAAUAAAAAGAGU